AUAAAAUUAGACAUAAACAUAUUAUAUUAAUCAGUAUAUGAAGCGAUACUUGAGCGGAAGAAGAUCGCUUGAAAGAUCAUCACUUGGAGAUAGGAGUAGUUUCUUUGUUACGGUUCCAACUUAUCAUAAUAGUUAUCAUAAUAACUGUCAGACAAUACCGAUCGAUUUUUUGAUAUCCCGUCGUUGAACGACGCUCAACGAUACAUUAUUACAUCAGAAACGCCACAAAGUGACAUGGAUUGUAGCCAACGUCACACUGUUCGGAACUGGAGCAUAUAUAAAGCAGAACAAUUGACUUUUGCGAUACGUAACCGACUGGAGUCGCACGCACGUGACAUCAAAGGAAGCCGACAGCAAAAUGUGCGGAAUCUGGGCAUUAUUCGGGCUGGGAGCGCAAUCCAUGACCUGCAUCUGUGAGAACUUCGAUAAAAUUUCACAUCGCGGUCCAGAAGCAUUUAAAAUAGAGUUCGAUAACAGAAUCAAAAAUGGAUAUCUAGGAUUUCAUCGAUUGGCCAUCGUCGAUAGUCUUUAUGGAAUGCAGCCGAUGAGAAUCCAUGAAUAUCCACAUUUAUUCCUCCUAUGUAAUGGAGAAAUAUAUAACUGCGACAGAUUACAAAAACAAUAUCAAUUUGACUACUCUACUAAAUGCGAUGUGGAAGUAAUCAUGCAUUUGUAUGCCUAUGCUGGUAGUAACAGUGUUGCUCAAUCAUUGGAUGGUGUAUUUGCACUUUGUCUGAUGGAUGUCUUAAAGAGGAGGAUACUGAUAGCCAGAGACCCGUACGGCGUAAGACCACUGUUUAGAUUAUAUUCAGAUGAUGGACAACUGGCUAUCUGUUCAGAGAGCAAGGGUCUGAUGGCAAUAUCGAAACACAUAGAAAGUAACUGGACGCUAAAGCCAUUUUUUCCAGGAUAUUAUGAGGAAUAUGAAAUUUUACAAGAUGGUCGAACUAAGCUUCUAGAGAGUCGCUGUUAUUUCAAGCCCGGCGACAAACCUUCGUUCCUCCCACAUAUCUCUUGGAAUGUUUUGACUCCAAAUGAUGUUCAUGGCAACAUCCGAAAACUACUUUCAGCAGCCGUGGAGAAACGACUGAUGGCUGAUAGGCGGAUAGGAUGUCUAUUGUCAGGUGGAUUAGAUUCUAGCUUAGUUGCUGCUUUAUUGGUAAAGCAAGCGAAGGAAUGUAAUUUAAAGUAUAAGAUACAGAGUUUCGCAAUAGGUAUGGAUGACAGUCCAGAUAUCAUCGCUGCUAGACAGGUUGCAGAAUACAUCGGAACUGAGCAUCAUGAAAUUAUCUUUACGAAACAAGAUGUAAUCAAUGUGCUGGACAAUGUCAUAUAUUCUUUAGAAACAUAUGACAUUACUACUAUUCGCGCUUCAAUUGGGAUGUAUCUCAUUUCAAGAUACAUACAACGGAAUACCGAGACGACUGUGAUCUUUAGUGGAGAAGGUGCAGAUGAGUUGGCACAAGGCUACAUUUACUUCAGAGAUGCACCUGACGCAACAGACGCACACAACGAAUCUCUUAGAUUGUUACAGGAUAUAUAUUUAUAUGAUGGUUUGAGAGCAGAUAGAACAACCAGUGCCUUCAGUUUGGAACUCAGAGUUCCGUUUUUAGAUCUUCAGUUUACCAAGUAUUAUUUGUCGUUGGAACCUAGUAGUAGACAACCACAAGGUGGAAUUGAAAAGCAUUUGUUAAGAUCUGCGUUUGACGGAACUGGUUUACUGCCUAACAAUAUACUUUGGAGGCAUAAAGAGGCCUUCAGUGAUGGCGUUGCUUCUAUAAAGAAAUCUCUUUUCCAAAUAAUUCAAGAAAUCAUAGAAGAUCGCGUUUCAAAUGAGGAUUUGAAGAAUGCUUAUAUCAAGUAUCCCCAUUGCACUCCAAGAACGAAAGAAUCAUACUACUACAGAAAUGUCUUCGAAUCGCAUUAUGAGGGACAAGCGGAAAGUUUUAUACCUUACUUCUGGAUGCCACGCUGGAUAAAGGGCGUUAUCGAUCCGUCUGCACGAUUUAUUAAACAUUAUACUGCAAACGAAGAAAGUCAGAUUAUAAAGACUUAAAAAAAAAUAAAGAUUAAGAAUGUGAAUGCACGAUGAGUUUAGUGUGAGAAAUUAAGAUAUUAAUGAAGAUGUUUAUGUAGAAUACAUUCUUACUUUGUGCAUAUCUACGACUAAAUAAAAUACAAAUUAGAAAUAUAACUUAUGCAAGUAAGAUAUUUAUAUAUCAUCAUGGUUACACUGAUAUACUGUGAAAAUUUAUGGUGAAAACCUUGUC